AUGUCGCUCGAUCCAUCAAUAUUCGAAACCACAGUCCCUUCCCGCUACAUCACCUUCACACUCCCCCUCACCCUCCCCCACCUCCUCCUCCGCGCCGCCGUCCUCGAUUCCCCAUCCCCCUCCGCCUCCUCAACCUCCUCCACCGCCGCCAUAUGGGUCCCACCAGGCCGCGAAUCCGACUGGAUUUUCUCCACCUUCUCCGGCCACCUCCAGCUCCUCCUCUCCUCCCCCACCCCCCUCCCCCUCUCCCGCCUAAUCCUCCUCGGAAAUCCCCCAUCUUCCCCCGUUCCCACAUCCUUCAAUUCCACCUCUCCGCCACCGCCGCCUCAGAAUCUCGCCCCCUUGCUAUUAGGGCUUUCCCCCAAAUCCGAAUUUCUAGGUCACAGUAAAAUCCCAGAAGUGCCCUUGCUGGUUUACGAGGAUGAGGUGGUUAAAAAUUCAAUCUUGGAGAUCUGCAAUGGGCCUUGUGUAGGUGAAUUUCUCAUUGAGAAUGUUGAAUUGAAGUUUGAUGAUGGGGUUAGAGAGUUUAGGAGAAGGUUAAGGUUUAAGAGAAUGCCUAAUUUUGUCCAAUCCCAAAUUAGAAUUCGGCCUAAAAAAGAUUCAAUUUUGGAUAAUUUAGAUGCUUUGGAGUUUGAAUUGGAAAAGGGUGUUUUGGUUCAGCCCUAUUUAAGCCCUAUGGUGGCUGGCAUUGCUGUGAUUCACCGCUUCAUGGAUGGAAAAUCGCGGCCGAGAGCAUUGUGUUUGGGAGUUGGUGGAGGUGCAUUGCUCGGAUUCUUGGCCGAUCACCUCAAUUUCGAGGUUGAUGGAGUCGAUGAAGACGAGGUAGUUUUAGAAGCUGCCAAGAGGCAUUUUGGAUUAAACAAUGAGUUUAUCCAUUUGUUUGUUGAAGAUGGGAUUAGAUUCAUUAAGAAGAUUGCUAACAAGUAUGACAUUGUUAUGGUUGAUUUGGAUUCGAGUGAUGUGAUGAGUGGCGUCUCCGCACCACCUGUGGAGUUCGUGGAGGGCUCCGUUCUCCGUGCUGCGAGGGAGGUUCUUCGUAACGAGGGUGUCCUCAUUGCGAACGUGAUUCCCUCGAGCAAGAUGUUCUAUGAGAGGUUGGUUUGUGAAGUUGGUGAGCUUUUUGAGGAAGUGUAUGAGAUUGAUGUUGGGAAUGAGGAGAAUCUUGUAUUGAUUGCAGCAAAAUCAGGUGUUGGAGAGGGUUGGGAUGGGGAAGAUAGUACAUUUUUGAACAAGUUGAAGUUGGUUGUUUCAUGUUGUUACAUAGAUUCUAUCAGGAGAAUCGCUCCUUCUUCAUUCAAUCGUUCACGGUCUAAAAUGGGAUUAAAAUCGAAGAAGAAGUUAGCUGCGAAGAGCUCGAAGAAGGCCGCUGUUCAGUUUUCAGCUUCAAAACCUAAAUCCGAAGGCGCUGAUUAUUUGCAAUGCUGAUUGCAAUUUUUUGUCGCUUCUUAUGGAAUUUACUAUUUUGCUUGUAUUUGGGAAAUAUAGCCUUUGGAGGGUGGUCCGGCGAAGAGUAUUCCGAAGACCGAGAAUAAAGAGAACAAAGCAACCGUUUUGUAUAUUGGAAGAAUUCCACACGGAUUUUAUGAAACUGAGAUGGAAGCUUUCUUUCAGCAGUUCGGUGCGGUUAAGAGACUCAGGAUUGCUAGGAAUAGGAAG